AUGGAACCUGCGUGUCCAGUCGCUGCGUCGGCGUUUGAGCCUGGCGAGGAACCCGUCCAGAGUUUUUUCUCCUUGAAGGCUUUCUCGACUGUUUCCUACAGGGACGCUCCAGAGCCUCCGGCUGCUUCUUCUCCAGCGUCUGCCUCUUCCGCUUCUCCCCCCGCCUCUUCUUCGUCGUCGGACUGCGGAGAGAGAGACGGACGCAAGUUUCCUUCUUCUUUGACAGAUCUUUUUUCUCUCGAGCUGCCGUCGCGUUCCACGACCUUUCUGGCGCCUGCCCUGUCUUCUCUCGGCCUCCUGCGUUCGCCGACAUCCGCGGAGAGGCGCGAAGAGGAAAUGAAGCGGCAGGAGAACGCGUGCGAAGCAGAGCAGGACUCUGGGGGCUCGCCGUGCACACAGGCUCACGCGACGAGCGCGCUUCCCGAGAGCUUCUCUCUCUGUUCGACACUUGCUUCCGACGUCCCUGCUCUGCUAGGAGGCUCUCCCAACUCUCCGUCGCUUCCUUCUCUGCCAUGCGCAGAGACGAAGGAAGAGGCAAGUCUCGUGCCGCCGGUCUGUCUGGUCGUCUGCGUACACGGAAUCGGAGGCGUCAGCUCCGACUUCCAGUUUACGCAAACGGUCCUCCAACAACGCGCUCCACACAUUCGAGUUCUGGUCUCCACUUCCAACACCGGGAAGACAUUCGACGGAGUUCAGCGAGGCGGCGAACGACUCGCCGAAGAGGUGCGCCAAGAAGUCGCUCGCUUCCCUUCUCUCGCCUACAUCUCCUUGAUUGGGUUCUCCCUCGGCGGACUCUACAUGAGAUUCGCAGUUCGGCUUUUGUAUACUCCUGCAUCUGGGUCGUCUCCCGCGACAGUGUGUGGCCUGAGGCCGCUGUGUGUCGGAACAGUAGCGUCACCGCACUUGGGCGUGCGUCGCUUCAGCUACCUUCCCCUUCCAGAGGGUUUGAUGAAGCCGCUUCUCUCUUCGUACUUCCUCAUCACCUCUCAUCUCCGCGCGCGGCAAGGAUCUGCUUCCUCCUCGCCAGGCGCCUCCUCAGCGCGGGGCGGGACUGGCGAGGAGACAGGGCCAGUUGGCCUGCAGGGGCUCGAGGCGCCCGUGGAGCCCGAAGGCGAGAAGGAGGGGGUCUCUGCCGAGGAGGGUGGCGAGGCGCUGUGUGGGGUCGCGGAGGAGACAGGUGUCUCCGGGGAGACAGAGGACGUAGAGGAGCAGGGUGCAGAGCAGGGCUUCAAUUUGGGCCGACUGUCGCAGCUGCACGAGAGCCGGACGCUGGCGGACUUGAUGUUGGUGUCUGAGCGCGAGUAUCUUCGGGAGCUGAAGGAAGCAGAGAAGAAAGUGAAAAACGAAAAGAUGCUUUCUUGGCUAUGGCGAAGAAGAGGCUCUGCAGCAGAGGACGGGGACCCUCAGGCGACCGUGGAAGGAAAGGGCGAAGGAGAGGCACGAGAGAAAAGCGAGCCGGAGGACCGAGACGAGUUCGUCGACAGCGAAGACGAAGAGGAACCGCUUCUCGUUCAAAUGUCUCAGGGCGUCUUCGUCGAAUCGCUCAAAGUAUUCGCCCAUAGACGACUCUACGCAAAUGCGAGGGGAGAUGUUUUGGUGCCUUUGGGAACUGCUGCAAUCGACCCGACGCUCCCAGCGAACACGGAACUGCAGAAAAUUCUUCAGUGCACCCCGCGCAGCAUGAUAGUCGGGUCCGGCCGUGUCGUGAUGAUCAGUCGCCCUGAGAAGCCCCCGGUUUACGUGUCUUCAACGUCGGAGGAGACGUUUGCUUCCUCUGCGCUUCACAACGACGCUCCGCCUCGUCCUGCGUUCCUUUCGGAGCAGUCUACGCACUAUGUCUCGUGCUGUGGAUCGCUGGAGAUCCCGGUUUCGGAGGCUUCGGUCUCGCCUGCGGCUUCUCUGUCGCCGCCUGCGCUGGACCCGACUCCUGAGUCUUCUGUCUCUGCGGCGCCUACUCUAGGCAGCGAGGCUGUCUGGUCAGAGACGGUUGAGGCGUUUGAGGAACGCAGAGACGAGGCAGGGGAAGUAGAGAGCACAGAGACAGACACGGAGGAAGCGAAGACACCAUGUUCUCUGGACUUGUCGAGUGAACAGUCUUCAUCUUUCUCUUCUUUGACGUCUUCGUCUCUCUUCCCCUCUUUCUCCCUGAGACGCCCGUCGUCUUACGGGAGCUGGCGGGAGUGGCUGAAACUCAACACACAUGGCGAAAUCGAAGCGGCCAUGGCUAGCCGCCUCAAUGAAGUCAAAUGGACGAAAGUGAUUGUCGACUUCCCCACUCUCGUCCCCGUCGCCCACGACAGCAUCAAUGCCAGCGGGAAAAGUCGAUUCCGGACGUGGGUGACAGCUGGCGGCCGCCCGAUAGUCGAGCAGCUCGUCGACUGGCUUGUUUCGUCUCUGGACGAAGCUCUGGCAGCCGACCGCCUGAAGCAAGCCGAGAGCCUCCAGUCUAGCCGAGAUGAUUGAGCCCGGUGGACCCUCAAACAGAAGUGUUGACAAAGGUGAUCGACACGCUUUCUAUAUUUGCUUUUUUGUGGGUCUCCCUGGAGAGAGUGGUCCGAUUUGCCAGUCCGGAUUCCGUGGCUUUCGACAAGGUCAGGCGGCAGAAAAGGCACAUCGUCUUGCAGGGGAAGUGUGUGAAGACCGGGCGCCGAGAGAGGCGCCUUUUUUGUGGCGGGCACUUCGUUCUGGCGACGGUGACAGCGGCGACGAAGCGAACUAGCUAACAGAAACAGAACGCUUCUGACCAAACACGAAGGAUGGUUCUCCUAAAUUUGUUGUGAG